AUGGUCGUGCUGAGCUUCACGAUCAGCGACGAUGGUGUGGGUGCCUUUCGCGAUGCCUUGAUCUGUCUCAGCAAGUUCAGCGACGAUGUGUCUCUCGAGGCACGGAAAGAUUCGUUCGUUCUGAGUACUCUCAAUAGCUCCAAGUCUGCCUACGCGAGCUUCAAAUUUGCGACCACCAAAUUCUUUUCACGGUACCAGUACCACGGUGGAGGACAGUUUCCCGAGCGGUUCUACUGCACACUUUACAUAAGGGCAAGUCGUUUUAACCUCGGAUCCCUUCUGAGUUGUGCCCUAAUAGCUUUUUUAGGCCCUCAUCUCGUUGUUUCGAAGCCGUUCUGGCGUGAUGCCGACAAGCAGACCAUCAUUGAUCGAUGUGACGUCGUUAUCGAGGACGGAGAAGGAAUUGAAAGUCGCUUCAUUUCCCGAAUCAUCUUUAAGAAUGGACUGACUUCUACCCACCGCCUGCCGUACGAGAUUGCGGUGCCAGUGCACGCCAAGUUCAACAAGCAAGACGCACCUCAUCAUUGGACCAUUUCAUCACGAACACUCCGGGAGCUGAUGGAACAUUUCGGGCCCGGUGUCGAGUACCUAGACAUCAACACGGAGGGUGAUCACGUCAAGUUUACAUGUUUCAGUGAAAAGACUGUGAGCGAAGACAUUUCCUGGAGCGCAACGCAGCGAACUAACACGGCCGUAGUGGUUUUAAAGAAACCCCUUAGAACUACAAUCUCUCUGGAAAUCGACGAGUUCGAUGAUAUUGAUGUCGAGGAUGACCUCCACAUCGUCAUCACCGUCAAGGAUUUUCGCGCCAUCAUCCAGCACGCUGGAAUUACUGGUAACGACAUUUCCGCGCGCUAUUCCCUCCCUGCCUGUCCCAUUCAACUCGCCUAUCUUGGAGAUUCUCUCUCGUGUGAAUUCCUCAUCAUGACGGUUGGCGAUCGCGGUGCCAACCCAGCCCAGAAGACCAAAAAGGGCCGUAAGAGUGCCCCGGCCAAGACUGCUGGGCCGCGACUGGAGGCCAUCUCCCGUAGAACGAGUCUCGCCCCAUCCGAGCCCCCGCAGCCACCGCAGAACCAGCCAGAACCUGCUCCCCAGCCUGCACCAACAGCAUCCUUGAGUGCCCGGCCACAACUGAGUACGGCGAGAGCUAGUGCCUCUCGCUCUGGUGUGUUCGAUUUGCGUCCAACUCAACAGCAGCCGCCCCCUCAGGCCACGAUGAUGUCGGAGAGCCUCUUUGUGGAUGAUGACGGAGGUUGGGAGCCUAUGAGGGAUGAAGAGGCAGAUGAAGAGGAAGACAAUGCAAGGUUAGGAUGGGACCAUAGUGCUGAGCCAAACCCCCCUUCCUUCCAUCUGAGUCGGCCACCGGAGCAGCAACAGCAGCAGCAGAAAGAACCAGAGGCUGAGCCUGGGCUUGUGCCAACAGCCGACGACCGGGAAGCAAGUUUUGUUGAGCCGACACAGAAGCUGUCUGAUGUUAUGAAUCUUGCCCUCUUCCCGGAUUAA